UUCUCCGCUCGCCUGUGCAGCCCCUCAGGUCUCUGCUGAACCUCAAAAGCUUUUCUUUUUGGGGGGAGUUUUUACGAGGCGCCUCGAUUUGAUUCACUUCCUGUGGUCGGACCCCCGAUCAGAAAAGGGAAAGAGAGAAGAAGAAGACAGAGAGAGAGAGAGACAAGGGCAAACGUAAGAAAUCUGUUGUGAAGAGCAGCAAGCAAAACUCUCCGGCGCUGCGUGGCUGCAUCACUGCCGUGACAGACCGUGUUCGUGCUUUAAAGAGACACUUUUCUGUAAAACAAAAGUGCGCGCCACAGUUCAUUCAUGGUACGGAUAUAACUGUUUUUCCCCAUUUUUUACUUUUUUGUUUUCUUUUUCUUUUGUUUUUUCACGCCCAUCGCCGACUAUUCUCCUGAUCCCAGACUCUGGAAACUCUGAGACGCCAGGGGUUCAUGUACUGGAAAAAUGAAGUGUUGUCCCCUCUUUCAGAGGGAAAUAAAAUUCUGUCCGAAGGAAUCCCAACAAAGCAGGUGAUCUCCACCGAGCACCAGAGCACACCGGGAGCCUCGCGCUGCAGUGUGGACUCUAAGCACACGCCAAUGUCUCACUCGGACGGAGAAUCCCAGCGGUCCAACAUGGAGCGGGAGGACACCCGCUCUUCCCCCAGCACUCCGUCCACCCCCUCCGUGUGCUCGCCGACCUCCUCCACCAGCUCGGUGCCGUCCACCGGGAAGAACCUGUGCGCCAGCUGUGGUCUGGAGAUCCUGGACAGAUACUUGCUGAAGGUGAACAACCUGAUUUGGCACGUGCGCUGUCUGGAGUGCUCAGUGUGCAGGACGUCACUACGUCAGCACAGCAGCUGCUACAUCAAAAACAAAGAGAUCUUCUGUAAAAUGGAUUAUUUCAGUAGGUUUGGUACUAAGUGUGCCCGCUGCGGGCGGCAGAUAUACGCCAGCGACUGGGUGCGGCGUGCAAGGGGAAACGCAUACCACUUGGCAUGUUUUGCCUGCUACUCGUGUAAGAGGCAGCUGUCCACGGGAGAAGAGUUUGGUUUGGUGGAGGAGAAGGUCUUGUGCCGAAUCCACUAUGACACCAUGGUGGAGAACCUCAAACGAGCAGCUGAGAGCGGCAAUGGCAUCACAUUAGAGGGAGCAGUUCCAACAGAACAAGACAGUCAACCCAAACCGGCCAAAAGAGCACGGACAUCGUUCACCGCAGAACAGCUACAGAUCAUGCAGGCACAAUUUGCUCAGGACAACAAUCCGGAUGCCCAGACGCUACAGAAACUAGCUGACAUGACAGGCCUAAGCAGAAGAGUCAUACAGGUGUGGUUUCAAAACUGCAGAGCAAGACAUAAAAAGCACACGCCCCAGCACAGCGGGGCUCCUCAAGGUCAUCCUCAGUCCAGGAUACCCUCAUCUCUGCCCGAUGAGCUGCAUUACUCUCCGUUUGGCAGUCCCGAGCGAGCGCGCAUGGUGGCCCUUCAUGGGUACAUUGACAGUCAUCCCUUCUCUGUCCUGACCUCUCAGAGUCUCUCUCAUCAGGCCAUGUCGCUGCCUCAGCUCCCCCUCAGUCGCUAGUUCUCCGACAUGGCCCUUAUGACCCCUGACCUCCCGAUCCCAACCCCUGAUCUAACAUCAGUGAUGUCUCAUGAACCAACUCGAAGGUCAUCCAGGAGUCAGCGUGGAGAGGAGACAAAUAUUGCAGGAGCCUUGUCCACUGAAACCAGAAAAAAAGAGAAAUGGAUGAACGAGAUAAAAGCUAAAAAACCAUCUGUGAUUAUGUUCUUUUCUGGGGAUAGGACUUCCAAAAAUGACUUUGAAGCGUUUAUCAUUAAACUCACAGACUAUGUAUCACACGGACCCUUUUGCUUCACGUGUACAGCAUCCUCCACUCUACUCAGCCACCACCUAAUGUGGAGGUGAAGGGAGCUUUAAAGGGAUAAACUGAGCAAGGAAACUUCUUGAAGUGCUGUCAAAACACGAAGAGAAAUUUAAAGGGGAACUAUCUUUGUGGCCCAAAGGCCACAGUAGACCACAUUAGAGGUAAGGCUCCUGGCUCUUUUCUCUCUAAGCAACCAUGAAGGAAUCUAAAUAUAACAGGAAUCUUUGAUUGUUGAAAUAUUUUUUAUUUCGGAAUGACAUAUUGACUUUAUGACGUCUCAGAAAACCAGAAACUUCCUCCUUCCUUUCCCACCGAACUGAGGUGCAGAAUUAGAGACAAGAAAAUAUUACGUGCCUUAUCUUUUCCAAAGUGAUAUUUCUCACUAAACAUUUAACUGUUAUUACGCAGGAAAAAUUAUGAGACUCCUAAAUCUUCAAUUGGCAGAAAAUCACAAACUAUUUAAUAGACUCUGUUGUAGCAUUUUGUCUGUUUACCAUUUAAUGAAGCUGCAAAGGACAACAUUGGAGCUGUUGCGUGAAUAAAACACCGGUUAUAAGCAGGAGUUUGCAGACUUUAAACCGUUACAGUCCUGUUUAAAGAGGAAAGUCUGAGAUGACCAUACAAGUCAAACUUCACAUUCCUGCAAAAUCAGACCACAUUUCCAGAUUUUCCCACAGGUGUAUUGUUACUAAUUUAUAAUUUAUAAGGUUGCUUGUUCAGCCUCUGUAUGUGUGUGUGUGUUCCACACAAGCAGGCGGGGAAUAUUGUAUUGGUACAAUAUGGACAGUAUAAAAUGACUGGGUUUGUACAUAUUAAGAUGUGUGUGCGUCUGUGUGUGUGAAUGUGUGAGUUUUGGCAGGGGUAUAGAGUGUGCAUUUGUAUUUUAGUUCCAUGGCCAUAGUGUGAAGAACAGGAUCCAACAAGACCUCAAUGUCCUUGUAUUUAUUGAGAUGGUAAAUCCCUGUAAAGCACUUUUUCCCCCAUUUGAAAUGUUUUUUUUUGUUUGUUUGUUUUGUUUAAAAAAAACAUGAAAUGAAACAAAAGUUUAUUUGAUAGACUGUGCAUCAUAAAUGUUUUGUGUAAUAAAAUGCAAUAAAAUAGAAUGUGAUA